AUUAUCAACGAAAUAUGCGAGAUAUAGGAGAACAUUAUCAAAAUAUAGCGGAUCGUGCAUUGAGUAUACCACCGAAUACUUCUGAACUCGUUAAAUUAAAAGAAUUCAUAUAUAUUGCCGAAACCGAAACGAUUUUUAUCCUUGAAAGACAGUUGAAGGAUUUAAUAAAAUAUAUUAUCUUUAUAUCAGAUUAUUGGGUUCUUACGCCAGUUGAAUUAAAGACAAACAACUUUGCUUUCCAAUGGUAUCACAAGAUAUCUUCUAUUUUCGAACAACAUCGUGAGAUAAUAGCAAGCAAAACUGGAGAGUAUCAGAAAAUGUUGAAAGAUAGAAUAGAAAAAUUCGAAAAAGAUUUGGAAAUUUACUCUAAGUAUUGCAACGAGUUGCAAUAUUGGGGCAAUAUCGAUGAAAUCUAUCGUUAUCAGAAAAAGGCUAAAAGUUUGGAAAAUAAAACAAUAAUAGCUAUGGAAAUGAUCGAUAGGUUUAACGAGGAGGAACAAUUGUUCGAUUGGGAAAUGUCGCAAUAUCCGUUAAGGAAACAGAUUGCCGAUAAAUUAUCACCCUACAAAAAAUUGUACGACGUUGGAUGUGAAUUUCUAACGAAUCACGACACUUGGAUGAAUUCCAUGAUCGGUUUGCACGAUCCGGAAAAAAUAGAAUCGGAAACUGGAACCGCGUAUCGUACCGCGUAUAAAUUAGAAAAGAUUAUUCUCGAGCCUAUAGCUAAAAAAUUGGCGGAAAUUGUGGUUAAAAGGAUAGAAGACUUUAAAGAACACAUACCGAUUAUAACGACGUUAGGAAAUCCGUUUAUGAAGAGUCGUCAUUGGGAACAGGUUUCGGAAAUUGUUGGAUUCCCGAUAAAAGUUGAUAAAAAUAUGACAUUGGCCAAGAUUUUGGAUUAUGGUUUAGCCGAUUACGUGAAAAAAUUCGAAACAAUUUCGGAAUAUGCUACGAAGGAAGGAAAUUUGGAGAAAGCUUUGAACAAAAUGUAUUUGGAUUGGUCAGACGUAGCGUUUACAGUUAAUUCUUAUCGCGAUACUGGUACUUACGUUAUAGCUAGUGUCGAUGAUAUACAAUUAUUGUUGGACGAUCAUUUGACCAAAGCACAGACUAUGAAAAAUUCUCUUUACAUCAAACCCUUUGAACAAGAAACCCUCGAAUGGGAAACAAAAUUACUUUUGUUGCAAGAUAUCAUGGAUUAUUGGUUAGCCGUGCAAUCAACUUGGAUGUAUCUCGAACCAAUAUUUUCUUCGCCAGAUAUUCAACAACAAAUGCCGGAAGAAGGUAGACGAUUCAGUGCUGUCGAUAAGAUUUGGCGAGAGAUCAUGACAGCGGUUGUGAUCGAUCCAAAAGUUAUGUCGGUUAUACAAAUCGAAAAGAUGUUGGAACGUUUAAAGAAAUGUACGAAUUUACUCGAUCUCGUGCAAAAAGGUUUGGUAGCUUAUUUGGAGAAAAAGAGAUUAUACUUUGCUAGAUUUUUCUUUUUAUCGAACGACGAGUUAUUAGAGAUUUUAUCGGAAACCAAAGAUCCUACCAGAGUUCAACCGCAUUUAAAGAAAUGUUUCGAGGGUAUUGCGAAACUUAGUUUCACGGAUAAAAUGGAAGCAACUGCGAUGGAAUCUUCGGAAGGUGAAAUGGUCGUGUUAGAAGAUAUAAUCGACACCGUUGCUGCACGGGGACAAGUAGAAAAGUGGCUUUUACAAUUGGAGACUGUUAUGAAGAAGAGCGUUAGGGCACAAGUCAUAGGGGCAAAAAAUGCAUUUGUAACUAAAGUUAGAUCACUAUGGACAUUAGAUUGGCCUGGUCAGACAAUUUUAUGUGUCAGCAAACUUUAUUGGACGGCUCAUACGACCGAUGCAUUUUCUUUUGGCCUUGACGGUCUUAAAAAUUACAUACAAAUUUGUACGAAUGAACUUAAUGAAAUUGUCUUGUUGGUACGCGGAACUUUGUCCAAACAAAAUCGAACUACCUUGGAAGCUUUGGUAACUUUAGACGUUCACGGAAGGGACGUUGUAACGGAAUUAUUUGAACAAGGAGUUACCGAAGCAACAAACUUUAAAUGGCUUUCUCAAAUGAGAUAUUAUUGGACAAAAAAAAAUUUGUGCGUGAUGAUGAUAAACACGACAUUGCAAUACGCUUACGAGUAUUUAGGAAAUUCGUCGAGAUUAGUGAUAACACCAUUGACAGAUAGGUGUUACAGAACAUUAUUCGGUGCAUUGCAUUUAAAUCUUGGUGGUGCACCGGAAGGUCCUGCUGGUACUGGUAAAACAGAAACCACGAAGGACAUGGCAAAAGCUGUUGCCAAACAAUGCGUUGUAUUUAAUUGUUCAGAAGGUUUGGAUUACAUAGCAUUAGGAAAAUUUUUCAAGGGUUUGGCUGCGACCGGUGCUUGGUCUUGCUUCGACGAAUUUAAUCGAAUCGAUUUGGAAGUUCUCUCCGUCGUAGCUCAACAAAUUUUAACGAUACAACGAGCAAUAAACGCUGCCAAAGAGACGCUAAUCUUCGAGGGUACUGAAUUGAAAUUAGAUCCAACUUGUGCUUGUUUCAUUACAAUGAAUCCAGGUUACGCUGGGCGAACUGAAUUACCUGACAAUUUGAAAGCGCUUUUCAGACCGGUUGCUAUGAUGGUACCGGAUUAUGCUUUAAUAGCAGAAAAUACCCUAUACUCUUAUGGUUUCUAUGAAGCUCGUCCAUUAUCCGUGAAAAUUGCCAUAGCCUACAGGCUUUGUUCCGAACAGUUAUCCAGUCAAAAUCAUUAUGAUUAUGGCAUGAGAGCCGUGAAAUCUGUUCUGAUAGCUGCGGGCAAUUUAAAGCUGAAGUAUCCUGAAGAAAGCGAGGAUAUUUUAAUGCUCCGUAGUAUCAAGGACGUUAAUCUACCCAAAUUUCUUAAUCAGGAUAUACCAUUAUUCUACGGUAUUAUGUCAGAUCUUUUCCCAAACGUGACACUUCCUACGCCAGAUUACACGCACUUGAACGAAUGUACGCAAAAGGCUUGCGAUAAAAUGAAUAUUCAAUGCGUUCCCGUAUUUCUCGAAAAGAUACAACAGAUUUAUGAAAUGAUGAUCGUCAGGCAUGGUUUCAUGAUCGUUGGUUUUCCAUUUGGUGGUAAAACUACGGCGUAUAGGGUAUUAGCUGAAGCACUUAAAUUAUGCGAAGAACAGAAUCUUUUGGAAGAACACAAAGUAGAGAUAAUCGUGAUUAAUCCCAAAGCUAUAACUAUGGGCCAAUUGUAUGGCGAAUUUGAUCCUGUUUCUCACGAAUGGAAGGAUGGUAUAUUAGCAGUAAGCUAUCGUGCUUUUGCUACUUCUACCAACGACAAUCGCAAAUGGUUGAUCUUCGACGGACCCAUCGACGCAUUUUGGAUCGAAAGUAUGAACACGGUUUUGGAUGAUAAUAAAAAAUUAUGUCUUAUGAGCGGUGAAAUUAUCCAAUUGGCAUCAACUACCAAUUUACUUUUUGAACCGAUGGAUCUCGAAGCUGCUUCCCCGGCAACAGUAUCACGUUGCGGUAUGAUUUAUAUGGAACCCAGUGCGUUAGGAUGGAAUCCAUUAUUAAAAUCAUGGAUUGCUAUGACUCCUGAAAAAAUAGAUCCUUGGUUAAAGAAUUUCCUUUACAAAUCAUUGUUCAUGAGAUUUUGUAAACCAUUGUUCCGUUUCUUACGUCGCGGUAAUUUAAAGGAAUUGUGUCCGAUGCCAGAUUCGAAUCAUUUGCGAUCGAUUACGUAUCUGAUGGAUUGUUUCAUCGAAGAAUAUCGGGAUGAGAAAAUAGCCAAACGUAUCGAUGAAUACGAUCUUCGUGCUCAAAUAGAGGGAUCAUUUUUCUUCUCUUGUAUCUGGGCAAUGGGUGGUACUUUGGAAGCAAGUUCCAGAGAACAAUUCAGUAUACUAUUCCGUGGCUUUAUGGAAAAAGAAUUUCCAUUAUCUCUGAUGGAAAUGUAUCGUAUAGAAGAAGCGAUACCACAACCAGAAAAACCAUACAUAUUCGUGAUGCCUAAGGAUCAUCUUGUCUUUGAUUACAGAUUCAUUAAAGAGGGUAAAGGGAAAUGGAAAUUAUGGUCGGACGAAUUAAUGAACGUACCACCAAUACCUCGUGACAUUCCAGUCAAUCAAAUAAUUGUUCCAACUGUUGAAACAAUACGUUAUACGGCACUUUUCAAGCUUUUGGUACAACACGAGAAACCUGUUCUUUUUGUCGGACCAACGGGUACGGGGAAAUCCGUUUACAUUAUUGAUUUCUUAUUAAAGAAGAAUAAUCCUGCCGUUAACAAGCCAUUAUUCAUCAAUUUUUCUGCCCAAACAACGGCAAAUCAAACACAAGAAAUAAUAAUGAGCAAGCUUGACAGAAGACGGAAAGGUGUAUACGGUCCUCCGGUUGGUAAACGAUGGAUUAUUUUUGUCGAUGACUUAUCGAUGCCGUUGAAAGAAACUUAUGGCGCACAACCACCGAUAGAAUUGCUUCGUCAAAUGUUGGAUCAUUGGCAAUGGUACGAUUUAAAAGAAAUAAUACCAAUUAAAUUAAUCGAAUUACAAUUGAUGUGUGCUAUGUCACCGCCUAUUGGUGGUGGUAAGGAUAUCACUCCACGAUUCAAAAGACACUUUUUUACCUUAACGAUAUCCGAUUUCGAGGAUGACGUUAUGAUUAUGAUAUUCAGUAAAAUUAUAUUAUGGCAUCUUGAUACAAGAGGUUUCAGCAAAGAAUUUGAUCCGUGUAUCGAUCAGAUUGUUUUAGCAACUUUAAAUAUUUAUAAAGAAAGUCUUCAAAAUCUUUUACCAACACCAGCUAAGUGUCAUUAUUUGUUCAAUUUACGAGAUUUUUCCAGAGUCAUACAGGGAAUACUCCUGUCCGUUCCCGAAGCAAUGUCUACUUUGACAAGUAUGAAAAGAUUAUGGGUUCAUGAGAUAUUACGCGUUUUUGGUGAUAGAUUGGUCGAUGAUUUGGAUAUGAAUUGGUUAAUCGAACAAUUGCAUUUGACAUUGAACAAACAUAUGGAAAUCUCGAUGGAAGAAUUGUUCGAAGAUUUUCUUCAAGAUGGUUCAACUGACAAGAUCACCGAAUACGAAUUGAGAAAAUUAUUGUAUUGCGAUUUUGCUGAUACAAAAGUUGACGUACGUGUGUACAAGGAAGUAACUGAUUUGGAACAAUUGCGAGAAAUAGUGGAAAAUUUUUUAACGGAAUAUAAUACUAUGUCGAAGAAACCAAUGCAAUUAGUCUUGUUCCGUUUUGCCAUAGAACAUUUAUCAAAAAUCUCACGGAUCAUCAAGCAACCAAGGAGUCAUGCACUUUUAGUUGGUGUCGGUGGUUCAGGAAGAGAAUCGUUGACCAGAUUGGCCUCGCACAUUUGCGAUUACGACGUUUUUCAAGUUGAGAUUAGCAAGCAAUAUGGCGUUAACGAAUGGCAUGAGGAUAUAAAAGCGAUCAUGCGUAAAGCAACUGCCACAGAAUUACAUUCAACGUUUCUUUUCAACGAUGUUCAAAUAAAAGAGGAAAGCUUUUUAGAAGAUAUCAGCAAUAUGCUGAAUUCUGGAGAAGUACCUAACAUAUUCAAUAACGAAGAAAAAGCUGAAAUUUGCGAGAAAAUGAGACAAAUCGAUCGACAACGGGACCGAGCUUAUCAAACCGAUGGUAGUUUGGUUGCGUUAUUUAAUUUGUUCGUUCAAAUAGCACGCGAUCAGCUUCACAUCGUUGUCGCCAUGUCACCGAUCGGUGAUGGUUUUAGAAAUCGAAUUAGGAAGUUUCCAGCUUUGGUUAAUUGCUGUACCAUCGACUGGCUUCAAGCAUGGCCAGAGGACGCGUUGAUAGCAGUUGCAACGAGAUUUUUAUCCGAAAUCGAAUUAUCCGAUCACGAGAAACAAGUUGGAAUAGACAUGUGUCGUUUCUUUCACAUGUCAACAGAAAAAUUGAGCGUUGAAUUUUGGAUACGUCUCAGCAGGCACAACUAUGUAACACCGACGUCUUAUCUCGAGAUGAUCAAUACCUUCAAGGACCUUUUAAACAAGAAAAGACGAGAAAUAUUACUCUCCAAAGCAAGAUACGAGGGUGGUUUGGGUAGAUUAGACGGUACGCAACAACAGGUCACCGAUAUGCAAGAAACUUUAAGAAAAUUGCAGCCUCAAUUGGUAACUGCUACUCAGGACGUUCAAAAAAUGUUGAUUGACAUUGAAAAAGAAAAUCAAGAGGUGGCAGAAUUUGAGAAAAUAGUUAAACUCGACGAAGCAGCGGCCCAGGCCGUCGCUGACGAAGCAGCAGCAAUUAAAGCGGAAUGCGACGCGAAUUUAGCAGAAGCAAUGCCAUUUUUGUUAACUGCUCAGGCAGCUCUCGAUACUUUAACUUUAUCUGAUAUCGCAGUAGUCAAAGCUAUGAAACAUCCGCCCUAUGGUGUUAAACUUAUCGUCGAAAGUGUUUGCGUUCUUAGGGAAAUAAAACCAGAUAGAAUACAAACGAAGGAAGGUGUAACGGAAGAUUAUUGGAAGGCUGCUUUAAGAAUGCUCAGCGAUACUAAAUUUCUUGAUUCGUUGUUGAACUUUGACAAAGAUAAUAUCCCCCAGAAAGUGAUAGAAAAUAUUAGGAAAAAUUAUUUGACAAAACCCGAAUUUGAUCCGGAAAAAAUGAAAAAAGUAUCCAAUGCGUGCGAGGGACUUUGUCGAUGGAUUAUAGCUAUGUCGGAAUACGACAAAAUAGCAAAAGUGGUUGCACCGAAAAAAAAAGCUUUGGCAGAAGCUGAAGCAACUUAUGGAGAAGCAUUAGAUGCAUUGAAUUUAAAACGGCAACAAUUGAAAGAAGUUCAAGACAAAUUGGCUGCUCUCGAAGAUUUGUUGAAUCAAAGAAAGGCAGAAUUUCAGGCAAUGUCCGAUCAGGUCACCGAUUGCGAAGUAAAAAUAAAACGUGCGGAAGAACUUAUUGGCGGAUUGGGUGGAGAAUACACUCGUUGGUCGCAAUGUGCUCAAGAACUCGGGGAAAGAUAUUAUCGACUAACCGGAGACGUUAUUAUUGCUUCUGGAGUGAUCGCAUAUCUCGGCCCAUUUACAAUGCCAUAUCGUGUACGUCAGGUCGCAGAAUGGAUAGAACUAUGCACUAGUUUGAAAGUUGUAUGCACUAAAGAUUUUCAAUUGCGAGAUGUUCUAGGUGAUCCUGUUUUAAUUAGAGAUUGGAAUAUAUUUGGAUUACCGAGUGACGUGUUUUCCGUUGACAAUGGUAUCAUUGUUACAAAUGCUAGAAGAUGGCCAUUGAUGAUAGAUCCUCAGAAUCAAGCUAAUAAAUGGAUCAAAAAUAUGGAAAAAACUAAUAAUCUCAGUAUCAUUCGAUUAACACAAAUGGAUUACAUAAGAGUUUUAGAAAAUGCUAUUCAAUUUGGGCAGCCUGUUUUAUUAGAAAACAUUGAGGAAGAAUUGGACGCUGUUUUAGAACCUAUCCUUUUAAAACAAACGUUCAAACAAAGUGGUGCUUUGUGUAUUAGAUUAGGCGAUACCGUUGUUGAAUAUAAUAGUAAUUUUAGACUCUACAUAACAACAAAAUUAAGAAAUCCUCAUUACUUACCGGAAAUAGCGGUGAAGGUUACUUUGGUAAACUUUGUAAUUACUCCGGAAGGAUUGGAGGAUCAAUUACUUGGCAUAGUUGUUGCUAAAGAAAGGCCGGAUUUGGAAACUGAAAAGAAUGCACUCAUUUUACAGAGUGCCAUGAAUAAAAGAUUAUUGAAGGAAACGGAGGAUAAAAUUUUAGAAGUAUUGUCAGUAGCCGAAGGUAAUAUUCUUGAAGAUGAAGAGGCAAUCGAUAUAUUAACGUCAUCUAAAAAUUUGAGCGACGAUAUUCACGUGAAACAGGCGGCAACCGAGGUUACUGAAAAGUCGAUCGAUGCUGCUAGACUUCAAUAUACACCAAUUGCUAUUCAUUCUACCGUAUUAUUUUUCACUAUAGCUAUAUUAGCAAAUAUAGAUCCGAUGUAUCAAUAUUCAUUAGUAUGGUUCGUUAAUCUUUAUAACAUGGCAAUUGAAAAUACAGAUCCUGCGGAUAAUUUGGAAGAACGUUUGAAAGAUCUCAUCGAGUAUUUCACUUAUUCGCUUUAUUUAAAUAUAUGCAGAUCCCUGUUCGAAAAGGAUAAACUAUUGUUUUCAUUGCUUCUCGUUAUUAAUUUGUUGAAACAACAAGAAAAACUUCCCAUAUCUCAAUGGAUUUUUCUUUUAACGGGUGGAGUUGGUCUUGAUAAUCCUUACGUUAAUCCAACCGCAUGGUUGCCUGUUAAACAAUGGGACGAAUUAUGUAGGCUUGACAAAGUCGAGGGAUUUAUUGGUAUUAGAGAAAAUUUUAUCGAGAAAAGUAAAGAAUGGAAGGCAGUGUUCGAUUCGAAGGAACCGCAAAAUACGAAACUACCAGUUCCAUAUGACGAUAUCAAUUUGUUUCAAAGACUCCUGGUAUUGAGAUGCGUUAGACCGGAUAAAAUCAUACCAGCUGUACAGAAUUUCAUCGAAGUUGAACUUGGUCCAAAAUUUGUCGAGGCACCUACGUUCGAUUUAGUUUCAUCAUAUGCCGAUUCGAAUAAUUGCAUUCCAUUGAUAUUUGUGUUAACUCCUGGAGCCGAUCCAGCUCAAGUGUUGCUAAAAUUUGCCGACGAUCAAGGCUACGGAGCAAAUCGAUUAUUUUAUUUGUCUUUGGGACAAGGUCAAGGACCAAUCGCUGAGGAAUUAAUAGAAGACGGUGUUGUUUAUGGUCAUUGGGUGGUCUUACAGAACUGUCACCUCGCCAAGAGCUGGAUGCCAACCUUGGAAAGGAUUUGCGAAGGUUUCAUGCCUGAUGCAAUACAUUCGGAAUUUCGAUUAUGGUUAACCAGUUAUCCAGCAGAACAUUUUCCCGUUUCGGUUCUUCAAAACGGUAUUAAAAUGACGAACGAACCUCCCAAAGGGUUGAGAGCUAACAUCAUUCGAUCCUACACGAAUGAUCCGAUAAAUGAUCCUGACUUUUUUGAAUCCUGUAGUAAAAAUGAAACUUUUAAAAAAUUACUCUACUCGUUAUGCUUCUUUCACGCAAUCGUACAAGAAAGAAGAAAUUUCGGUCCUAUCGGUUGGAACAUACCUUAUGAAUUUAAUGAAACGGAUUUGAGAAUAAGCGUUUUACAGUUGCACAUGUUUUUAAACGAGUACGAAGAAAUACCAUUUGAAGCACUCAAGUAUCUUACCGGAGAAUGUAAUUAUGGCGGUAGGGUUACCGACGAAUGGGAUCGUAGAACAUUGAUUACCAUUUUAAAAAUAUUCUAUUGCGAAGAAAUAUUCGGAGAAAACGUUUAUUACUUCGACCCCGCUUCGAAGAUUUAUUAUUGUCCAGCAGUUAGAGAAUACGAGGCCUAUGUGGAAUACACAAAAAAUCUUCCAUUGAUCACCGCCCCAAGUGUUUUUGGAAUGAACGAAAAUGCGGAUAUUAUUAAAGAUCAGCACGAAACUUCGUUGCUUUUCUCUUCUCUUUUAUUAACUCAGGAUCGUCUGGAUCUAUGGGAAAUAAGGGAGACGGUUAAAACUGGAACUGGGGCGAUGUCGAACGACGAGAUAGUCUUUAACGUGUCUGCUGAUAUUUUGAGUAGACUUCCAGUGGAUUAUGAUCUUCAAGUAGCGAUCGAAAAAUAUCCAGUGUCCUAUAGUCAAAGCAUGAACACCGUAUUGGUACAGGAAAUGGGUCGUUUCAAUAAAUUAUUGAGCUGCAUACGAAGCAGCUUGAUCAAUAUUCAAAGAGCCAUAAAAGGUCUCAUCGUUAUGUCUUUCGAACUGGAAGAUAUUUAUGGAACAAUAUUGACCGGUAAAAUACCGUCCUAUUGGAUGCAACAUUCCUAUCCUUCUCUAAAACCUCUCGGUAGUUACAUAAAUGACUUUUUACAACGUUUAAUUUUUCUACAGAAAUGGUACGACGAAGGUCCCCCUACGGCUUUCUGGUUAUCAGGAUUUUAUUUUACUCAAGCAUUUUUAACCGGCAGCAGGCAGAACUAUGCGAGAAAAUAUAGUAUACCUAUCGAUCAUUUGGUUUAUGACUUCAUUAUUCUCAAAGAAACUGUUUUUAAUACACCACCCGACGAUGGUGUUUAUAUUUACGGAUUAUUUUUGGAUGGCGCUAGAUUUGAUAAAAAAAAUAUGAAAUUGGAGGAAAGCAUACCCAAAGUUCUUUACGACAAUAUGCCUUUUAUGUGGUUACUACCAACGAAAACAGAGGAUAUCAAGGAAAGACAAAUUUAUACAUGUCCUGUUUAUAAAACAAGCGAACGUCGGGGAAUAUUAUCGACUACAGGACAUUCGACAAAUUUUGUUAUAGCUAUAUGGUUACCUACAAUAAUGCCAUCGGAACAUUGGAUUAUGCGAGGAGUUGCAAUGCUUUGUCAAUUAUCAGAAUAAAAACAUUUUAUUAUCAA